UCUCUCUCUCUCUCUCUAAACGGAAGAUCCUUAACCCUGCCACUUGUUUCUUAGCAUCCUUACUUAUUUUUAUUCUAAAAACGACCCCCGUAAUUUUCCAUUUUUGCUAUAUAAUCCCCCCUCUCUCUCUCUCUCUCAGUCUCUCUCCCCUCAAUUUUAUUAAAAUAAGAGAUUUGGAAAACCUUUUCUUCCUCUUUCAUCUUUUUUUUAUUGGUCCACAAAUGGAAGAGUGUCGCGACCACAAGAGGACGCGAGUUGACGAUGGAGUUAACUCGCCCGAGUCGAAGCGCUUUCAUGCCGACUCGGCUGAGUCGGAGUUGAACUCGCCCGAGGCAAAGCGGAUCCACGACGACCUACUCAACAUCCUGGACGACUCGGACGUAGUAACGGACCGAGACUCGGCUAUCCAAGGACUGGACUCGGUGAUUAGAAGCUUCGAGGAAGAGAUUCUGGUUCCAUCUCCGGCGAUGGCGGCUCAGGAACUGACUUCAGACUCCGGCGAGUCACAGCCGGAGCUCGGUUACCUUCUCGGAGCGUCCGACGACGAGCUCGGUCUCCCGCCGACGGCCGCCUCCGCCUCCGGCGAGGAAGCGAGGAUCGAAGCCGUGGAUUUCGAGACGCGUUCGUCGGACGCCGUUGGAUUGGAUGGCAUGUUAGGGUUCGAGAACGAGAUGCGAAGUUACGACUCGUUCGAGUUCGGAAUCGGUGUCGACUCGGACAUCCACGUCAACGACGGUGGUUCAGAGUUUGUCCCGCUGGGAGGGUUGUUUGAUCAUUCCGAUGUGUCGGAGUUUUCGUGGCGACCCGAGUCGCUGCCUGCGUUGUAGAAACGUUUCGGCUUGCCACGGUUUUGUUAAGGACCCGGGACGUUUCGUGAAAUAGUUGACUGUUAAAUAGAAUAGGGUGUAAAUUUGAAAGAAAAAGAAAAAGAUAACAGGAAUGGAGAAACGUAGAUCUCAAGUUUGAAACAGUUUGUUUUGUUGUAGCAGUGGACUGGACUCCCAUUAAUUUUUAGUGUCAGUUUCGGAA